AUGCAGAAAAGCAAGCUCUUGAUCAAAGCACUCUCCAAUAACAAAGCAAAUUCGUCUCAAAAUUGGAGAUCCCAAAUUAAUCAAUCUCAUUUUGUCUCUCAAAUCUCAUCAAUUCUUUUACAAAGACACAAUUGGCCUUCACUUCUCCAAACCCUAAAUCUCAAAUCCAAAUUGACCCCAUCUCUCUUCCUCCAAAUCCUCAACACAACAAAAACCCAACCUCAAAUCUCACUAGAUUUCUUCAAAUGGGCAAUCAAGAACGCUGCUUUUCAACCAGACCUCACUGUUCAAUGCAGAAUGACCCAUCUCUUAAUCGGUUCUGGUUUGGUUAAUCCUUCAAAGCCCAUCUUAAAUUCACUACUUGAAAACAACCCACCUGCUCAAAUUGUUCAAUCUCUGAUCAAGUCAUGUGCUAAAGAUGUGAAAUUUUGUAGUUCAGAAUCUUUAGUAGUAUUCGAUUGUGUUCUUGGUUGGUAUUGUGAAAAGGGUUUGUGUUUCCAAGCUUUGGAGGUUUUUAAUCUGACUAGAGAUCUUACUUCAGAUGCUAGUGAAGUGUUUCCGAUUCGUUCAUAUAAUACAUUGCUUAAUGCGUUACAAGAGAACAAUGAGGUUAAGCUGGGAUUGUGUUUUUAUGCUGUUGUGAUUAGACACGGGGUUUUAAUCGAUGGGUUUACAUGGCGUAUACUUGCUAAGAUAUUUGGGAAACAAGGCAAGAUUGAAGCAAUGCUUAGAAUCAUCAAUAUGGGUAUGCAUGAUCCCUUAAUAUACGAUUUAGUGAUCGAAUGUGGCAGUGAAAUGGGAAUGUUUAAAGUCGCACUCCACAUGUUCGAUGAAAUGUCCAAGAGAAAUCUCAAUCCUGGGUUCAACACUUGUGUUUCAAUUCUCAAUGGUGCAUGUAAAUAUAAGAACGAAGAAGUAAUCAAAUUCACAAUGGACUCCAUGGUAGAAAAAGGGUACAUUUCAAAACCUUUAAUCAAUCAUGAUUCACUGAUUCAAAACCUUUGCAACAUGAGAAAGACUUAUGCAGCUGACAUGUUCUUCAAGAUAUCAUGUGAUCUGCAAAACUCAUUACAAAACAAGACUUAUGGUUGCAUUCUACAAGCCUUGUCCAUGGAAGCUCGUGUGAAAGAUGCAAUAGAAACUCAUCAAGUUAUUGAAAAUAGAGGAAUUCAAGUAAACCCCGUUUUCUAUAACGAAUUUAUUAACAUUCUUUGCAACGAAUAUCCAUCAAAAGCAAUUAACACCUUACUUAUAGAUAUGAUCUCAAAAGGGUAUAAACCAUCCUCAUUGGCAUUAUCAAACUACAUAAUCUCUCAAUGCAAGAAACGAAAAUGGAAAGAAGCAGAAGAACUUGCGAAUUUGGCCUUUCAAGAAUCCAUCUUUCUUGAAGCUUUGUGUUGUGGUUUUUUAGUUAAGCAUUAUUGCAAGAGGACGCAAAUCGAUUUGGCCAUUAAUAUGUAUGAUCAAAUGGAGGAAAACGGGUUAACUUUGGAUUCAACAACUUAUAAUUUACUUCUAAAUGGACUUGUGGAGGUGUUUAGGGUUAAAGAUGCGGAAAGAAUCUUUAAUUACAUGAGAAUUAAGAAUUUGGUUACUAGUGAAAGUUUCGUGAUCAUGAUUAAUGGGUAUUGUCGUGGAAACGAGAUGAGAAAAGGCAUGAUUUUGCAUGAUGAAAUGUUGCAGAUUGGACUUAAACCUAGCGCAAAAUUAUAUAAACAAUUGAUUUGUAAUUUUAGGUAG